UUUAAUUAGAGUUAAGGAACCUUUAAUGAUCUGUUGACAUACGCCUCGAACAAGCAACCAGUAAAAAACCGGUGGUCAUACGUGACCAUACAAGUGGCGAGUUCCCGUUUGACAUCUGGCAGCUAGAAAAGUGCAAAAACCGACGAGGAUUGACAAAAAGGGAAAUACACCAACGCACCGAAGACGUCGAUAAUCUGUAAUUGGCUAAUGGACCGUUUGGAGAACUAUAAAUCAAAUUUAUUUUUGUUGCAAACAAAGCAGCGUCAACCAGUACAUGUGGUCGAGCAGAUAUUCUGAGGGGACAUUGAGAAUACUUAAUACACAGGUAACCAAUGGGAACCCAGUCAGCAUGGCGGUCGCACAUUAUCAGCCAAUCACAAAGACACUGUGGGUUUAUUGUUCUUCUGUGUACGAUACUCUACGUCUACAUAGUAUACAGUUAUGUUAGUCACCAGGCAAAGACCGCGUCCGAGUUCCCGCGCUACCCGAUAUUCCCCUUCGCAGUAGAAGAACUCUCGCUGUUUGCAGACUUUAUGACGUCAUGGUGUGCUCAAACUCGUGCUAAAAUAGACUGGAUACGAGCCCAGGAGCCCUGUGUUAAUGAAAUGGCGUGGAGACCUGGUUGGAAUUCUUUGACGCAGCGCAAUAGAACAGAUGUCAAAAAGAGCUACUUGGCUUUGUAUGAUUUACGGCCCGCUGGAGAGUUUAGCAGAUUGGCUAUACAGACGGUCGAUAUAGACGGUGUGAGGAAAUUAUUUGGCGGUGAUUCAUGGAGAGUGAACAUCCGUGGCCCGUCUUCUGUGUCGCCUUUGGUAUUAGACCACCUUAAUGGGACGUAUGAGAUACUUUUCCUGGUCAAACUUCCUGGUAUUUACACAGUACAGGCUGUCCUGGAAUACACCUUGUGUGAUGGGUAUAAGGACCCGCCUAUAGAUUGGUUUAUAAAAGGUAAUGCACAAGGGAAGUACCAGCCUUUGGACGCGCUGCCUGGGUACGAGAAACCGUUCCUACUCCUCCCCCUGUGGGGAUCCAAACCGUUCAAGAUCAAGAUUCCGCCCGUCGGACGCGGGAAACCUCUUAUCGACAAGCUUGGAUAUCAUUUCCAAUUCCUUAACCACGUCUGCAGUAUCAAGUGUCGGUUUCUUUGGGAAGGGGAGGGUGCCUGGAUGAGGCUCAAGUGGCAGCCCUACACUAAUGGUGUCCUGGAGCGACAGCGUCAAGACUUUGAUGCGAGCAAAGGCACACUAUGGAUCUAUGGUGACUCUGUGGGGGAUUUCUUCCACCGGUCCAUCUUACGUCACCCAUUGUGCACUAAACUCUUCAAGCACUGUAACCGUACAUAUAACUGGGUCUACAACCUCCCAGGAGCCAAUCAGACAAUCGGGAAAAUCCUCAACGAUAACCUCGACUUUAGCAUCGAUCGAAUUCUCCACGAGAUAAGCCUGGUGUUGAACUCGACUCAAAUGCGGGAUAACCCCCACAGCGUACUCGUCCUUAACCUCGGUCUGCACUACGUGCAGAACAUCAACUUCACCAAAUACCAGGAGAUGAUUGACAGAGUCAUAGGGUUACUCAGGGGGGAGGAGACGGGAGAGGUAGGGGAGGUGGGGAGGGGUUUCCGUGGUCAGGUGGUAUGGAAGACGACGACUGCGAUCAACAGGGAGAGGUAUGGUGACCCCCGUAAAGGAGCCAUCCACGCUAAAGUCAUCCGCUUCCUGACCUAUCAGAGAGUUCUUCUGUACAAUGCCUAUGCCACAAACGCCAUGUGCAACGCCGGUAUCGACAUACUUGAUGUCUUCCCGAUGAGCAAUGCGCACCCAAACGGCACAGGCCUCCCACACAAGCGGUUUGACGCAGUGCACUACCCAGCUGGUACCUUUACACGUGCCUCUGACGUACUCUACAAAUAUUUUAGUUAGAUCAUUGGAUGAUAAAACCUUUAAAGGCCACAUAAAACAAAUCGUUCGUUUCUGGUUAAGAUGCCUCGGGACAUGUUGGCAGGCAGGCGUUUUUUUCAUUUCUAUUAUCCUCUAAUCAGCUAAUCCCAAAAUUAGGCUUUUCACGUGGAGAGAAAUUAUUCCUUCUAUCAUUGUCACUAUUGUGACACUUUUUGAUGCAGCGGUGAAAGGGUUUCCCGAACACAACUCUCAAUGUAUGGCGUGAUUGGAUGUCUUUCGCCUUUUCUAAUUGUCGAAACUCGCAUGAGUCUAGAGGUUUUACAGGGAAAAGUUGCACGCAGCACAAAUUCUGGACGCGGGCAGCGACCAGAAACGCAUUUUUUAUGUGCUUAAUAGCAAUGUCUGUAAAAUAUAACAAUGGGAAUUUCUAUGUGCCCGAGAAUGUUAAGAAAGACUGGGAAGACGUUGUUUAGAUAAGUAAAGAAGUACAAAGGACGCUAAAACUUUUUAAAAGCUUGUGUGUGCUCUCUCUUUCGGCCGCGAGAAUCGCGUUGGAAUGAACUUUUUAGACCGAUAGCGACCGUCAACUUCAAUAUAGCUCGUUUUCCAUAAAGUUGAUCCUGUCUGUCCCUCUACGCACGAUAUUUUGUUGCCAAUUGUGUGUUUUCUACAAUAAAUUACAAAAUAAAAGACUGAAAAAAAA